AUGGCAGCUAUUCAAUUAUCAUUCUCUCUCCGUGUUUCUUCCAGUGUUAAGACCGUUCAUUUGCUUGGUAGCUGGGAUAACUAUGCUGGUCAACUUCCGCUCGCUAAAGACAAGACUUCUUCAAAAUCAGGUAGCUGGAAAGGUACUUUCAGAUUUCAAGGCACCACUCUUCAACCAGGUCAAAGAUAUUGGUAUUACUACAUCAUCGAUGGAUACCACGUCUCACACGACCCUGCCGUCUCAUCAACUACCGAACCAACUACCGGUCGCGUCUUGAACAUCCUCGAUGUCCCUGUCGAGAAGUCCUCAAGCCGAUCAUCCAAGUCCAGUUCAUCAAGCUCCAAGCAUUCUUCCAGCUCAUCAUCUAAGCACUCUUCCAGUUCCAAAUCAUCACACUCUUCUCAUUCAUCUUCCCGCAGAGAAUCCCGCCGCGACUCACAUCUCAGUGUUGACAUUCCCAAAGGUCGACCCCUCUCCAUCUCUCAAAUCAAAUCACCUAAACCCAUGUCUCCACACGCCACCAAGCACAUCCUCGAAGCUGAUUACGCUGCUGGUCCAACUGUCGAUGAAUUGACCGCACGCUUUGGUGCUACUACCAUGGAUGAGUACGAUUAUGAUUACGAUCUUCCAGGCUCACCAUCUUCAUCUGUUGGCUCCACCAUCUCUGACACCAGUGGCACAAGCUCGCCAUCUUCAGCUUCGAGCAUGAGCGAUUAUUCAUCAGGUUCUAAUACAUCAUCCUGCACCUGUGAGAGAUAUGGAAUUACGAGAAAGGGGGAUAGAAUCAAGUUGGAUUGUGGGGGUUCCCGAUGCGGAUCCAGCGAUUCAGAGUCCUGUAGCUCAGAGGAUGAGGCUGAUUACUCACGAUCAUCCCGCAGAAAUGGAAUCGUUGUCCGUCGAUGA